AUGUCGGACCAUGUCAGUACUGGCCGCAUCAGCAAGUCGCCCCCAUUGCCAAGGGCUCGCACCCCGGUGGAAAGACACAAAAAUGCCAACUGCAGAUGGACCAACGACGAGGUGAAUACAGACUUUGCCAUCUCGUACCAUCAUGACUGACUUUUCGCAGAGAAAAUGGGUGAUCGGACAGCGCAUGCCCGACCGGUGUAUGCCAUACAGAGCCAUCGGAAAACGUCUCGGUCGCUCUGCUCAGGCCUGCCGACUUGUCAUGCAUCACUGGAGAACGGGCAAGACGGAAGGAUGGGACGAUGAGGAUACUCAGUCCACUCCUGCCUCGACUCCAAGCCUGGGCGCCGCGUCAAGCGCCUCAUCCUCUUCCAGCGCUGCCGGCCCGGCAACGCAGUCGAAACCCUACCCGCCUCUCGUACCGCUCAAAGCUGCUUCCACAUGGACAGCUCCUGGUUGGCGACCUGCCGAGGAUGCCCAGCCAGCCCAGGUAUGUGUGGCGCGCAACCGUCAACCCUCAAGUCCUCUGAUUCAGAUUGUUCGCUGACUUCUUCCCCUUCCGCGCAGUCGUUCGGCGGUAUGGAGAUGGCCCCACAGCCCGCACCAGUGCAAUCGCCAUCCACUUCGUCAGCCCACGUCGGAGUGCAUUACUACCACCAGCCAGCACACGUGUUUGUUGGCCCACAUGUGCCGCAUGUGUCGCCCACCCCAGGCGUCUUCUACACACAUGGCCAGCCCUUUGUGUACAAUGUCACGCCGGCGACGCAGCAGUACUAUCCGCCUCCUGCUGGGCAUGCUUACCAAGCUCCUCCAAGUCAGAUGAGCCCCCUGACCUCAACUCAAGUCCAGUCUGCCUAUGGUAUGAAUGCUGCUGGACCUUCGAGCACCUACGGGCAGGGACCAGUCGCUCAUCGCACGAGAAGUGCAACGUCUAGCCCUGUCGUGGCUCCCGUUGCUCAGGGUGAGGUCAACGCUGCGUAUACCUCGCCUGCUACAACGUUCCAUGGUGACGCUACCACUGCCGCGUCCACUUCCUCCGCUGCAGCCGCCACCAUGAACGGCGAUGUCGGGCCAUCUGAGCGCCCCGAGGCGGAGACCAACCACGCAGCAAAGCGCCGCCGCCAGGAUCUCCACGAUAUGUGGAAGUAA